AGCCAAAAGUAGCGUUCUUUACCAGAAAGGGAGGAGACAAGCCUGGUCCGAGUUUAAUGAAGUGACAACUCUCUCUCUCUCUCUCUCUCUCUCUUUAGGGUCCUCCUUUUACCUCUCCUUUUUGAGCCCUUGUAAGAAAACUUGAGGAUUCUCUUCUACAUAUUCUGCAUACUCAGCUUCUCUCUUUCGGUUAAUGGGGAAUUUUCUGUGGUUCCAGACGGGAGUCGUUUUGAUAGAGCGGACGUAAGAAGAAGUAAUGGAUGCUUCCCCACUAAAUUCAAAGGGGAGAUAUGAAGAUGAUAACCAAACCGCAGGAAACGUAUUGGGCAUAACAGAUAUGACACCUUGGGAUGGUGCCACAGGCUGCAAUUUUUCUGCUGAACAGAAACAGGAUGUAGGGCGUGUUAUUCUGGUGAAGUGGGGCGAUGUGACGAGAAAGAUUGGAAUUGAUGGAUCUUCAGCUGCAAUCAAAGAGGCCAUUAGGAAUGCUUUCAGAUUAAGAUCCAAACGAUCAUUUUGGUUGGAAGAUGGAGAUGGCGUAGUCAGAAGCCUUGAUCGUGCAAUGCCGUUGACAACUUAUACCCUUCAUGUUGAUCUUGGUGUCACCAUCAAGAUUUACCAGUAUGAUGAGUGCAAUCAACACGUCGUGAGCAGUGAGGAUGCAACCUUGUACAGUGAAGAGGAUUUCAGGGAGCUUCUAUCCAGGCUCGGAUGGAGAGCGCUGAGAGAGGUUGGGACCUACAAGGAUGUUGAAUCUAUUGCUGAGCUUAGAGAGGAUGUUGCAUACCAUCACAGUGGCUUCAAGACGUGAGACUAUGCUUUAGGAGAAAUGAUUGUUAAGUCAGGCUAAUGGCAUCGCAUCUGAUACCAUGUCCUGGCCACAGCAACCUGCUCUUGCUCUUUGGUGGUACCUUUGUUCUUUUGCGGAGAAAAGAAAGCAGAUUCUGGAGAUGAAGAAAAGUGGCAAACCGUAUUUCCUCGUGUAUUGGUUAUCAAAAAACUACUUGAGUUGCACAAAUUCUUGAACAAUUCCAGAUGCACCUUCAUAGUGCUAAAAUGUUUUUUGACUCGUUCAACUUUUAACCUGAUUUUUCUCAAUGACUUGGAAGCAUGUAAAAAAUUGUGAGAAGUAGCCGUUGUUAACAAGGCAUCUCUUUUCUUUUA